UGUCUUCUGUGGACUCUGACUAUUGUCAUUGUUAUUAUAUUUUUUUAGAAAAUUGGGAAUUAUUAGUGUUUUACAAUAUUGAUAUUGUAGAUUUCCCCAUACAUACACAAUGUAUUUGAAAUAUAUUUUAAUAUUUUUGUCAGGGGUAAUAAUUGUAACAGGCCAGUCCUAUGAAGACAAAAGAUGCAAGUGUGUGUGCCCAAGUCCCGCUGCGGUCCUCAACAACACAGCGGGCUCCGACCGAAGACUGUACAUUGCCAAUGUACCACCAAAUAAAUGCAACUGCGAUGGUGUGAUUUUGCCGCGCGUUGGAGCCGACAUCAAGGGACGAGAGCAGGAGUUCUGUCCAAGAUGCGAGUGUAAAUAUGAAAACAGAAAUACUACUAUCAUCAAGGUUGUGGUGAUAAUAGUGAUAUGGGUGAUAAUGCUGUUGGUGGUGUACAUGGGCUUCCUGAUCUGUUUGGAUCCACUCAUCAACAAGAGAGCUAAAGCGUCUUACCAGGAACAUACUAAUGAAGAUGAUGAAAGUACAGUGGGAGGACCAUCGCAGCCUAUGGGAGCCCGCGGCAACGUGCUGAACCGUGUCACUCAUCAACAAGACAAGUGGAAGCGUCAAGUGCGAGAGCAACGCCGCAAUAUAUACGACAGGCAUACUAUGCUCAACUAGCUGGCUUUGGUACCAUUCGAAUAACUGAUAUACCAAUUUCAGACUUAUUUUUUAUUCCCUUUUCCUUUUAAAAAAAAGCAAAUAUCGUAGAUUUUAAAAAUUGACAAUUAUUAAGGCAAAGGAUAUUCUGUAAAUUAUGAAAUCUUUAUUUAUUAUAAACCAAGGCCGCUUCCUUUAUUUCUCUAUUGUAAUUAAUCAAAACAAUGCACGGUUCAUUGUUUUACAGCAGAAAUAGUUAGUACUCAGGCAAUUAAAAGUACCACAAAUAGCUUAGAACAUAAAGCAACAUUCUCUAUUUUUUAAAUUUUUAUUUGAUAUUACAGCGAGAUGAUUACUCUAAGAAUCAGCUAGAUCCAAAUUUAUUAUAGAUAUUAUCAUCAUUUCAGUUAAUCAGUUGAUGUGAUCAACCGUGAAUUAUCUGCUGCUUAACAUAGGCCUCCCCCAUAAAGUGGGUUUUGCCAAUAGUUGCCACGCUAGGCAGGUGGAUUGGUAGUUAGGCUUUUGGUGAUAUUCUAAGAAGGACAAUUUGCCCAUCCUUGGACUAAUAAGUAUUAUUAUAGAUAUGUGGCGAAAUGAUUUUAAAUUCUAGAUGGCCAGUGUCUCACUAAAUUUUUUUUUUAAUUUUGAAUUUAGAGAAUGGAUCUAUAGAAUCGAACCUCAUACUAUAUCCAUAUUGUUAAAACAUCUGCUAAUUAGAGGCACCCCAAGCCAUGAGUAUUUAAUAACAUUGUUUAUAAUUAUAUAUUUUUAGAUUAGAAAUGAACUAGUAAUCUAGUAUGUAAAUAUUAAUGGCAACAUUUGUAGAGCUGCUACCUAAUUUGUAUUUUAAUAAAUAAAUAAAAUUAAAAUAAUGUAUAAAAUGUCUAAAACUUGAUUAAUUCUUAUAUUUAUUUAAUCUGUAUUUAUGUUCUAUGUAAUAUAGCUUUGUCACAUUUAUGGCAUGUUCAAUUUUAUAAUUAAUUUUGAAAAUUUGUAAAGAUUAACUUUACUGUUUACCUGAUAGCAGAAGAAAGUAGCAUUAUGUUUUAGCAAUGUAUUUAUUAUAUGUGUUAAAAUGUAAGUAAAUUUUUUUUGUAUAUAAAGGUUUUUUAUUAUAUUUACUCAACAAAUCCAAUUCAGAACUAAAAGAGAUGAUAUACGAAGAUCAAAAUUCAAUUUACGUUCGAAACACAAAGAAGCACAAACAAAACAAAUUAAUACAUUUUUUUUUUGUAUUUAAUAUAAAAAUCUCAAAAAUAGGAAGUCACAGAAAAUAGUUUCAUAAUGUACAUUGACACAAGCCUAAAAAGUUAGGCUGGCGUGGUUUUUGCUGAAUUGUUUUUAAAUUUCAAAAAUAUGAAGAUUUUUUUAAUUUUUUUUUGCAUUAUAUAAUAUGGAAUAUCUGAAUAAAUACUUAAUCACAGAAUAAUGUGUUUAAAAUAUGUGUUGUAAAUUAUUUUAUUUAAUAAAUAAUUUAUUUAUAAUA